AUUUCUUGUUUCUCCUACCCUCCAUCACCCAAAUUAUAAACCUCAUCCUUUCAUCAUAUUAAUCCCCACAACACCCUAUCCAAACUUCACCACCGAUCAAAACCCCUCCACCGCCUCCCCCCCAUUCCUCCACCACUCAUCACCACCAUAAUGGCCUCCACUUUGUUCUCCACGCCAACCUUCCAAGGUCUCAGACCUCUCAACAAGCCCACCGACUCCACCCCCACCCUCUUCCUCACGAAACCCACCUCCGCCUCCUUCCGCCGCCCCCUCACUACCCCCAACAAGCGCCUCUCCAUAAAGUCCGAGCUCAGCCCAUCACUCGUCAUCAGCCUCAGCACCGGCCUCUCCCUUUUCUUGGGCAGGUUCGUCUUCUUCAACUUCCAGAGGGAAAACGUUGCCAAACAGGGCUUGCCCGAGCAGAACGGCGUUUCUCACUUCGAAGCCGGAGAUGUUCGGGCCAAGGAGUACGUCAGCCUCCUUAAAUCAAACGACCCCGUCGGAUUCAACAUCGUUGAUGUUCUUGCUUGGGGUUCCAUCGGUCAUAUCGUGGCUUACUACAUUCUUGCCACCUCUAGCAAUGGCUACGACCCUAAGUUCUUUGGUUGAUUAGGUCCAACCCAACACCUUUCGUCCUUAAUUCUGUAAUUUCAACUUGUAGCUGUUGUGUAUACCUGGGAAAUCUACCACAUUAUUUUGGGUGUUUAAUCUAUAUUUGUUGGCUUAAUUUUGAAUUCAGUGUGGUGUUCUUUAGUUGUAGGUUGGACUACAUUUACAUAAAUUA